GUAAGGCUAAUAAAUGUUAGAGAAAAACAUCCCUCCCUCACCGGCGGAAGGAAGAGAAGCAGCACCGACAUUAAAGUUUCUCACCUAUCACUUUCAUUAUAUCAACUCUGUGUUCCUCAACUAUCACUUUCACUAUGUGAGGCGGAAGGAAGAGAAGCUGCACUGCCAUUAAAGUUGAUCAACCUAUCCCUUUCACUCUAUCCACUCUGUUUUCCUCAACUAUCACCGUCACUAUAUCAAUUUCACUCUAUCCACUCUGUCUUCAUCAACUAUCACUGUAACUAUAUCAAUUUCACUAUAUCGGCGGAAAAAAAGAGGGAUUUUCAGCCUGGCUACGUUGUCUUCGCCUUCCACCAUAUUAGGGCGACGACGCUGUUGGUGACGAUCGAGAGGUAUGUGUUUAUUAAUUUAAUUUUUUAUGAAAUUGAAUAAGAAGCAUAGUUAUAUUUAUCUGAUUAUUGUUCCCAUACAUGCCUUUCAAUGACUUCUCGUGAGUAUUCAUCAUUAAAUCUUCUACACUUGGCGGCUAAAUGCAAUCAUUGUUUGGUGGUUAACCGUCGAUCAUCUUAUUUGUUGCACCCCUUAUUUAUAGCAACAACACACAUACAACACACAUACUCAUUUAUAGUGCACACCAUCAUUUAACCUUUUUGAGCCAAAGACAAAUGGAAAUCCCACUCCAACGUCACUACCACUACAACGGAAAAUGGACAACUAAGACCGACACCAUCCUACUUGACACUAUAAUCAAGUUGAAGGGAGAGACGGGAUGAGCGGGGGAGAAGUUCCUUCAAUACUUCUUGAUGACAGCGGCUUCCGAAAUUGGCUCCCAAGUAGGUGUGCAGUUCAAUGAAGCCGAGCUCGCCAUCCGUGUCAAAAUCAUGUCCAUACGCUAUCGAACCUUUAAAGAGGUUGUGAACCAUCCAGGGAUGUACUGGGAUAAACGCGAGAUAUGCAUCUUCGCAGAUGGUUGCGUCUGGACGAAGUUCCUGCUGAAGCAUCCAUUUGCUGCGGCCUACCACUACUAUGACAAACCUGAGUAUAGCAAGAUUCGUUGCUUGUUCGGCAUAGACGACGUGAAGGAGGAUUCACAUACUGAUCUCAUUAGCAUCCCAUCCUCAAGUGAUGCUGACUCAUCCGAGGACUCUGGCUGUUACGAGGUUGCACCGGACAACGAAGAAGUGAACUCACCCGCUGUCUUUCCCAAGCCCACAGUCCGCUGCAAAUUGUUCGACGAUGACGUCGAGGCCAUUGACAGGGAGUCCACGACUGCUAAGGGGAUAUAUUGGAUUGAUGUCGGACCAGAUGAGAACCUGCGCACAAGGCUGAAGAAGAGUCGGACUCUGCCCAAAGAUCCCUUCAUCAAGAAUGACGGCGAGGACACUUUAUAGAUAGACUCGCACGCAUGUUCGUGUGCUUCUAACUCACCCAUAGGGUGGUGGGCUCAUCUUCGCAACUGAAAGAGCUAAACCGAGUGAUGGAUGGAGCUUGCAAGUCUGGCCAUUUUAGGCACUAAUAUGUCACAUCACUCCUACAUUUAAGUGGACUAUGCUUUUGGAUUUUGAAUAGUCUCUGCCAUCCUUGAUGAUUUGUCAUUAGUAUAUACCUAUGUAUGUUCCCUACGCUAUUGGACCACCUAAUUUUGUUAUGGUUGUAAAAUAUUUGGUGGUAGUCCUUGACUCGUUGAUGCUGAUAUGAUGUGUAAAAUAGGGUGUGGUUGUGUGUACAUAUUGCUCCCCAAUCGUACGUAAUGGAUGCUUGGUUUGUGUUC